AUGGCUCGGAGAGCAUCGAAGUCGACGACCCGGAGGGCGCUAUGCCUAGGCGCAAUGCUGAUAACGGGAGUCUUGGGCGACCAGAUCCUGACGACGACUGGCUUCAUUGACUGCGGAAGCAUGCCCUCUAUUACGAUUCAUCAACUGAGCAUGACCUACGACAACGACGCCCAAAUCAUCACGUUUGACAUCGAGGGCACCAGCACCAGCAGCGAGAAUGUCACGGCCACCCUCGACGUUACCGCCUACGGCAUCAGCGCAUUCACAAACACCUUCAACCCUUGCGAUGCCGAGACGCGGGUGGAACAGCUGUGUCCUUUGCCCGAAGGUAACUUCAUUGCUAAGGGCAGCCAAAAGGUGCCGCCUCAGUAUGCGUCAAUGAUUCCUUCCAUUGCCUUUAGCGUUCCGGAUAUCGCUGCAAACGCCGUGAUGAAGCUCAACAGCAUCAAGGACAACACCAGGGUGGCCUGUAUCCAGGCUCAGAUCACCAAUGGAAAGACGACGUACGUGCCCGCCGUGUCCUAUGUGGCCGCGGGCAUUGCUGGUGUGUCCCUCGUCGCCAGUGGCGUCUCAGCAGUCGGUUCGGCCAUCUCGGGAGGUGCUGCGGGCUCCAGCGUGGGCGUCGCGACCGUUGGUCCCACCUUCACGGACGUUGCCGGCUGGUUCCAGGGCAUGGCCAUGAGUGGCAUGCUCUCCGUCAAGUAUCCCCCCAUCUACCAGAACUUUGCAAAGAACUUUGCCUUCUCCAUCGGCCUCGUCCCAUGGAACGGCUUGCUGAAUUCGAUCGACGACUUCCGAGCCAAGACCGGUGGCAACCUUACCGAAGACAGCGUGGCCUACUUGAGAAACAUGACAUUUGCUCUCCAGCAGAUGCAGGCCACAUCCAACACGACCGAGAUCAGUGUUUCCAGGCUCGCCCGCCGCGGAGACGAUGGGGGCGACGACGACCAGCUCAGCCACACAAUCUCAGGUCUCAAGAACUUUGCCGAGUCAUUGAGUGUUCCCAAGUCGGACAUGUUCAUGGCAGCCUUUCUCAUCGUGGCCAUCGUCAUCGCCUCGGUCGUGACGAUUCUUCUGCUCGUCAAGGUCAUUCUGGAGUUCUGGUCGCUGUAUGGGAGCAACUUCCCACAGUCCCUUGCCGGUUUCCGCAAGCACUACUGGACGUCCAUUGCUCGAACGCUCACUACUCUCAUCCUGCUCCUCUACGGAAUCUGGGUGCUCUAUUGUGUGUUUCAGUUCACACUCGGUGACUCUUGGGCAGCCAAGCUUCUGGCUGGACUCUCGCUGGGCAUCUUCACCGCUGUCCUCAUGUUCUUUGGUUACAAGAUUUGGAGUACGGCACGCAGGCUGAAGGCUCAGGACGGCGAUGCCUCCAAGCUCUACGAGGACAAGCAGAAUUGGCUCAAGUACUCCAUGUUCUACGAGGCUUAUCAGAAGUCGUACUGGUGGUUGUUUAUGCCCGUCAUCCUCUACACCUUCAUCAAGGGCUGCCUUGUCGCCGCGGGCGACGGCCACGGCAUGGCCCAGACCGUCAUCAGCUUGAUCCUCGAGCUUGCCAUGCUGGCUCUCCUGGUUGCCACGCGCCCCUUUGAGCGCCGCUCCAGCAACAUCAUCAACAUCUUCAUUGCCAUUGUCCGAGUGCUGUCGGUGGUUUGCGUCUUUGUCUUUGUCGAGGAGUUCAACGUUCAGCAGACCACACAGACUGUCAUGGGUGUUGUCAUGAUUGCCAUCCAGUCAACGCUGACUGGUGCGCUUGCACUGCUCGUUGCGUGGAACGCGAUCAAUGCAACCAUUAAGAUGAACCCCCACCGCGCGCGCAGAAAGGAGAUGGAAAAAAUGCGCGGAGACAUGGACGAUCUGACGCCCCUCGAUGCUCGCAACUCGCUCCUCAUCAAGAGGGGCGAUCUCGAGGCCUCGUAUGUCGCCGAUCACGAAGAAAACCUGCCUCCCUACUCCAAGAGCGGAGACCGGUACUACGCGCCGAGCAUUCCCGAGUCGAAGGAGCACCAGGACGAGAAGGUCGGCUUUACGCCGCACCCCAUGUACCGCGACCUGACGGGCAGCCGACAGCAAGGAGACUACAGAGAAAACAACUCUGCUGGCGGAGACGGGGUGCAUCCGCACGAAUUUGUGAGCGAUCAGAAAUACUCGGGAUACCGAUAA